AACCGGUGUGCAAUGUGUGGCAUGAAGAUCUAACAGCAACUGAGGUCCAAUCACUAUCUGCUGUGAGAGAGGACAGUCAUCAUCGAGUCUCUGGAGAGGCGCGUUAGCCAAACCUCACCUGUCUGCAAACAGAUCCCUCAUUUCACCUGGAAAAGUAGGUCGACAUGGCUGGUCUCCAGAAGAUUUUGGUUGUUUUGUGCCUGGUAACACAAGCCAUCAGCCAGGACAUGCCUUACGAGGAUCUCCUUGCCCAAUUACAAGCCUGCCCUAAGGAGUGCAACUGCCCCCAAAACUUCCCUCGAGCGGUCUACUGUGACAACAAAGGGCUGAAGAGCAUCCCUACGAUCCCCCCUUACACGUGGUAUCUCUAUCUGCAGAACAAUCUGAUUGAAACGAUGCCAUUAGAUGCACUGCAGAAUGCAACACAGCUGCGCUGGAUAAACCUAAACCGCAACAAAAUCACAAGUGACAAAGUAGGCGAAGGUGUCCUAGGUGGGAUGAAACAUCUGGCCCACUUGUACAUGGAUGAUAACCUCCUGUCUACUGUUCCUUCACCACUGCCAGUCAGCCUGGAGCAUCUACGCCUCUCUCGCAAUCGCAUCUCCAAGAUUCCCGCCGGUGUGUUUGUUGGCCUGGACAAGUUACACUUGCUGGAUCUCCAGGGGAACAAGCUGAUGGACGAUGCUGUCACUGAAGUGAGCCUAAAGGGCCUCACCAGCCUGGUCCAGAUCAAUUUAGCCAAGAACCAGCUCAGUAGCAUGCCCCUUGGACUGCCGCCUACCACCAUCCAGCUUUUCCUCGAUGGUAACAACAUUGAAAAGAUUCCUGCUGACUACUUCAAAAGUUUGCCCAAAAUUACAUUUCUGAGGCUCAACCACAACAAGCUCGGCAGUGCUGGUGUUCCAAAAGAUAUUUUUAAUAUCUCCAGCAUGCUGGACUUGCAGUUGUCUCACAAUCAGCUGACAGAGGUUCCAGUCAUUCCCUCAGGCCUUGAACACCUCUACCUUGACCACAACAAGAUUGCAAGUGUGAAUGGCUCUAGUGUGUGUCCCGUUUCUGUUGAUUCUCUGGAUGACUCGACGAACGACAGCGUGCCAAGACUUCGCUACCUCAGACUGGAUGGCAAUGAGAUCAGUCCACCGAUUCCCAGGGAUGUCGUCAUGUGUUUUCGUCUCCUUAGGUCUAUUGUUAUCUAAACAGAAAACCAAUAAUGUGCUGUAAACUAAAUGACAUUCUGCACAACUGUUGAAAUGACGUGGAUGUUGUUCCAGUCAAUGAAACUUGAGAAGUCAUCCACUGACAUUAAGCUUUCCAUUGUUUCAUCUUGGAAAGUCUUUCAAGUGAAAAAAGGAAUAAAAUCUGAAAAAAGCACACUGAUCAAUAGAUGUUUUUGAUAUAAUAUUUGCUGACCACUAGCUGUGCCUUAUGUCAGUGAAGAUACCCGUCUGUAGACCCCUGAACUUGUGUGUAAAUAAAUACAGAGUGGGAUAUGGUGAGAUUUGGGACUGAAUUUCAAAAAGUUGCAAAAUAUCCAUAUUCUCUGUUUUUAUUUUUAUUUUUUGGUGUUUUUUUUGACACUUUAUAUUUGUAGAUUUUGUGUUUUUAUUUGUUUUUAAAAGACAAUCUGUCAAGUAUGCAGAAAAUAUGUACUGUUGGUAAUUUAUUUUUAUUUAAUACUGGGAAAGAAUUUGAAUCCUGUGACUACUCAUGGCCAACAUUACUCCUUGUUUUGUACACAAAAAUGUGAAUAUUUGCCAACUUAUUUUUAACAUUCUGGUCAUUUUUUCUGAAUACAUUGUGUGAGGGAUUUCAUCUUAAAUUAUCUUCAAUAAAACUUAGAAUGAACAUGU